CCGGUGACCUCCGUAGUCGCGCGGCGAACGUCGAGGAUCAGUCAGCAUCCACCAACGAAACCGAUCGCACUCUUGACUUGGCGCACCGGAGUUUCGCUCUACUUGCACACCUCGACAACGAAAUUUGCACAUACACAGCAACCUUAACAAAUUCUGAAGACGACGACAAGGAGGCAAUAAGAAGAAAGGGCGAUGGGAGGCCGUGAUCGGUUCUCCGUGACACUCUGGGUGAUGUGGUGCGCCCUUUACGUUUCUGCAGAACCUCAGUUUCAGAAGAGGCAGUUCUCGUGCGAGGGUCGAGCGGCUGGAUAUUAUGCGGACGUCGAGUCAGGGUGUCAGAUUUACCACAUGUGCGACGGCCUUGGAAGACAAUUCAGCUACACGUGUCCAAAUACGACGCUCUUCCAGCAGAGGAUGCUCAUCUGCGACCAUUGGUACAUGGUGAACUGCAGCAAAUCUGAAGUGGAUUACAGCGCGAAUCUUCUGAUCGGACAGAAAGGAAAACCGUUCGUGGAGGACGACGAGGAGAAUCCGUACCAUAGAACGCCGAGGCCCGAUCUGUUAGCAAAUCCGAGCUCCGACGAGUACAACAUCAUCUACAGGAUUGGAAGGGCGCAGCAGGGCACCAACAAGAAUCUCGUUGGCGUUGAUUCCCGUAACAAGGACGAUUCCGGUGAACCGGCCUACUUUCUGCCCAGCCACUGGAGCACCGAGUACACCAAAAGCACCACCGAAAAGACGAAAGCAGCAGCAGCAAAGAAGGAACCCAAAGUUAACUUUAAAUCGAAUUACAAAGCGACGACUCCCGUCUAUCCGAAGAUCGCUCCAACACGUGAAGCUUUAAACGAAUAUGAACAAUCGCUUCCUAAGAACGAAGAAACGCACGUCAAUUUUAAAUCGAAUUACAAAGCGACGACUCCCGUUUAUCCGAAGAUCGCUCCGACACGUGAACCUUUAAUCGAUGAUGAACAAUCGCUUCCGAAGAACGAAGAAACCCACGUCAAUUUCAAGUCUAAUUUUAAGGCAACGACUCCGGUUUACCCGAAGAUCGCUCCAACCAAACAACCUUUGAUUGGCAAUGAUCAACAAUUUGCUCGGAACGAUGAAGAAACGCACGUCAACUUUAAAUCGAAUUACAAAGCCACGACUCCCGUCUAUCCGAAGAUCGCUCCGACCGUAGAACCUCUGUCUUUCUCCGAAAACGAACAGAAUCCUCUUCGCACAAUUCUGACUGCUCCCAAGCGAGUCAACUUUAAAUCGAACUUCAAAGCGACAACUCCCGUCUAUCCGACUUCCGUGGAACCGGAAGAACCUUUGGCCGAAGAGGAAGUGGAACAAGAAUCGGAUGGUCCUUACGGUCUCAGCUCGAUAGUGGAACCGCCGAAAGGACCAGAAGCGCCGCGCCGAAAUCGUGUGGUCUUCGAAAGUACGCACAAAGCGACGACUCCGGUCUACCCGAAAUUCGUGCCGAGCGAAGAACCGCUGGCGAUAGAGGAGGCGGCGAUCGAUCCGAAUCAACCGGGCAUCAGCACAGUGAUUCAACCGCCGAAAUCGUACAGCGAGAACGUCAGAAACACGAUCAUCCAGAAACCCUCAAUCUAUUACGAACCGCCCGCAGCGAAAGAAUCGCCGGCAAUUCGCACAAGAGUGAGCGCGGACAAGAGUCUGGCGGAGUUGCGAAGAUUCUUCUUGAUCCCGGAUUACGUCUUCCCAUUGGACGCAUCCGCCGUCCGACCAAAUUACAACGAAGGCCCCAGCUCCUUCCAGGUGAAUCCCUUCGCUCAGGGCAUCAUGCAGAGGGAUCACGCGUACGCCUAAAUCAUCCACACCUUAAUCAUCGUCAUCAUCUUACAUUACCUCCUCUGAGUGCGUUCAACAUUUAAUUUGAUUGGCGCGAAACGACGCCCCGAUCUUGUUAAGUGAUGAUGAAUCGAUCGCGACGCAGCUUCAAAAUAAACUGCGUAACCAUGGUAAUGACAUAUCUGUUUAAAUAUCAAGCGCAAUUGCCAUGGUUAUCUAUCAUAGUAAAUAGGAUAUGCGAUAGGCGCAAUCGUUAGUCACUCACUCACUCACUCGAUCUUCUACACUCAUUACUCAAAUAUUGGAGCUAUUUUCUGCAGUUGCAAUCGAGCUGCGUUGCGAGAGAUCCGGUAGAUCGGCAGAUGGCUCACCACCGCCUACUGCUGCUGCUGCUGUUACAAUUUAAGUUUAAGGAAUGCGUGCGUGUGUUAUGUAAUAAUUAGCAAUUACGAAUACAUUAUGUCUUAUUUAUUUAUCGAAUAAAUAUAUUUAUAGUAUGGC